UGUAACCCCCUGCUCUACACAGUGGCUAUGUCUCCUAAGCUCUGCGCUCUCCUGGUAGCAGGGACUUAUAUGUGGGGUGGACUCUGUUCUGUGACAAUCACAUAUUCACUUCUGCGGCUGUCCUACUGUGAGUACAUCAUAAAUCACUUUGCCUGUGAGUAUUCUGCUCUCCUCUCUGUGUCCUGUUCAGACCUCUCCUUUACCCAGAUGAUAUGCUUAAUAAUUUCUAUAGUCAGUGAAGCCGGCAGCCUCCUGAUCAUCCUUGCCUCCUACGUGGUCAUAGUUGUGACUAUCAUCAGGAUGCCCUCCAAGGGUGGGCUCCAAAAGGCCUUCUCCACCUGCGCCUCCCACCUGACGGCCAUCAGCAUCUUCCACGGCAUCAUCCUCCUUCUCUACUGUGUGCCCAGCUCCAAGAGCUCCUGGCUCCUGGUCAAAGUGGCUACUGUGCUUUACACAGUCGUGGUCCCCAUGCUGAAUCCCCUCAUCUACAGCCUCAGGAACAAGGAUGUGAAAGACACGCUCAGGAGGCUAAUCACCUCCAAACUGCAUUCUCCACCCACAUGAUUCAAACCGAUGUGU